GUUUCGGCUCUGAGUCGAGCCAAGCUGCAGGGUCAGAGCAGAGACAAGCUCCCAGCAGAAAACAAGUGAUAGCUACAUUACUCUCACUGCAUCCUGAAGCCCUCCAGCCUUGAAUUUCCAAACAGACCUCGUCAUGAUGGAGACGGAACAAAUGGCUGCAAGUUGUCAUGAGCCGAGCCAAACUUCUGUCAGGAACUGGCGGUCCUCCAGCACAAGAGGAGGAACCAGGACACCCAGUGACACCACAUCCCGUUUCCAUGGAGAAGGGGUUCGCUACAAAGCCAAGCUGAUAGGCGUGGACCCAGUACCCGAUGCCCAUGGGGAGAAGAUGUGCUGGGACUCUAUGAUGAAGCUAAAGGGCUUUCAGGAAGCGGCAAGGAAACAGGGGAAACACAAGCAGAGAGUUUGGCUGAAAGUUUCCUCCAGCGGCCUGAGAAUCCUGGACGAAAGGACCGGGGCUGUGCUUCAAGACCAUGACAGGAGCAAGAUCAGCUCCUUGAGGAAAGAUGAGUCUGACCCCAGAGCUCUGGCCUACGUCUACCAACACCAAGACACCUACUGCCUCUUCUACAUCAAGAUGGCCAACCUGGCAGAUCCGGUCCUGGCUGACAUUGGGGAGGUUUGUCAGAUUGUGGAUGAGGAGAUGCCGCAAGAACCUGCAGAGGCACUGACACAAGUCAUAGAAAAUACCAGCUCUUUACUGCCUCUAAAUGACAUCUCAGCCCCUCCAGCUGAGGGACCAGCUUUUGAGGAAGUGUUCAGUCCACGUCCGGAUUCGUCAUCAGGACCAUCAAACCAGGCCUCCUCCAGAAAUGAGCUGAUGGAAGUCUUUUCCGUCCAGAUGGAGGAGCCGCUGAUGCCCAGUCAGAGCCCAUGCACCACUCAGCCAGAGUCUCCACCUCCACAGCCAAUGCUCUCCGCCUCUCAGAUCCUCUCCAUGUUCCCCACACAGCCAGUAGGGGGCUCUCCAUACUCCUCACCCCCAUACUCUCCCACCGCCAUGCCCUGGGGCCAGCAGGGGCCUCUGGGAAAUCAGUGGGCAGGUCCAGCUGCGGCGCCUUGGCCCACAAUGCCAGGCAGUAUGGCAGCGUGGGCACCAGCAGGCAUGGCAGCGCCCCCUGCAGGCGGCCAGAUUCAGGCUAAUGGCCCUCAGCCAGGAGUCAUGGGGCGAGGAAAUGCACCAGCUUCACCAACUGCUGUCAUCGGGCACCCUGUCCCUUUAAACUCCUUCUCCGCCCCUGCUGGAGCAACAGCACCACUGCAGUCAGUGACGCCCAUCUUGGACUUGGAUCCCCUCUUGUGAUGAACUGGUUAUAACUGAAAAAAAAAUGAAUUGCUGCUCAUAGAGAACCACUCAAAAAUAAUUUCAGCUUAAUUUCUGGAUGUUCACUUUUGUCUUUAAUCAAAUAAUUGUGUUGCUGCUAUUCAAGAAACCUAGAAGAUGAAAACAAUCCAACAUGUCAGAGUUACAGUAUAACAUGUCUGUUUAAACUGGAAAAUACAAAAGUUUCGCUGCUCUUGUUUCUCAUAAAAGUAAUUUAAGGUUGAAAUCACACAAUAACUAUAAUAUAGAUGUCAGCAGUUGAUACCAGUCAUGAUCUAUUUCUGCUCAUUUACAGUAUGUUCUGCUUUAUGAAUUUUAUCUGAUACUUGGGAUAACUUUUCCUUUAAUUCGUUUCUACGUGUUAUUUUGCUGUUUUUUAAAUCAAAUUAACUACAAUUUGCUGUCUUAUUGAAAAGUUUUGCUCAUCUCUUGCACAUGCAGAAUAAAAUGAAAUACAGACCAUAUAUAGAAGCUUG